AUGGCUAAAUCAUAUCCAGAGAACGUUGGUAUCAUUGCCAUCGAGAUUUACUUCCCCAAGAGAUACGUCGACCAGGCUGAAUACGAGCAAUUUAAUGGAGUAUCUACUGGAAGGUACACUGUUGGAUUAGGAACAAAGAAGAUGGAUGUCAAUUCGAUUGCAUUAACAACCGUCCAGAAUCUAAUGGAAAAAUACAACAUAUCAUACAAAGACAUUGGUCGUCUCGAAGUAGGAACAGAAACAAUUAUCGAUAAAUCAAAAUCGGUAAAAACUGUCUUGAUGACCUUGUUUGCCAAUUCCGGCAAUACUGACGUUGAAGGCAUCGAUACAACCAACGCUUGCUAUGGCGGAACAAACGCACUUUUUAAUGCCGUUAACUGGGUAGAAUCGUCUUCGUGGGAUGGUCGGUAUGCUCUUGUCGUUGCUGGCGAUAUCGCAGUCUACGCCAGCGGUCCUGCUCGUCCGACUGGCGGGGCAGGAUGCGUGGCCUUGCUGGUAGGAAAGAAUGCGCCAAUCGUGCUCGAGUCCGGAUUGAAAGCAACCCAUAUGGAGCAUGUGUACGAUUUUUAUAAACCUAAUUCGAAGACAGAGUAUCCUGAAGUCGACGGGCAUUUGAGCAACACGUGUUAUUUGAGAGCAUUAGACAAGUGCUAUACACGUUAUCUUGAGAAACUGGAAGCAAAGGCAUGUAUCGCCGAUCAACUCUUCGAAAGCAAUACUCACCCAAAUACCCCCGCACCAACAAUAAACGAUUUUGCCUACGUUUUGUUUCACUCACCCUACUGCAAACUAGUGCAGAAAUCUUUUGCUAGGCUUUUCUACAAUGAUUUCCGCCGCAAUCCUGAUAACCCGGACUAUUCUUCUCUCAAAGAUUUUACGUAUGAGGAGUCACUGACAUCGAAAGACUUGGAGAGGACAUUGCUUGCUCUGUCAAAGGCAGAUUUUCUAAAGAAAGUGUCGCCAUCACUGGAUGUGGCUUCGCAAGUUGGGAACAUGUACUGUGCUUCAUUAUAUGGGUGCCUAGUCUCACUUGUAUCCAACAUACCCAGCGACGAUUUGCUUAACAAACGUAUUGGCAUGUUCUCUUACGGUUCCGGCCUGGCCUCUACCUUCUUUUCUGUCCGUAUAACGUCUUCACUUACCACUAUCGCCAACAAUCUUAAUCUUCAUUCUCGUCUCCAAUCCCGCGUUCAAUUGCCUCCAGCGAAAUUUGAAGAAAUCAUGAGUCUUCGUGAAGGAACAUACGGAAAUAAUGGUUUCGUGCCGGUUGGAGAUGGCAGUGCAGUUAGUGACGUGUUGUUCAAGGGAACGUAUUACUUGACCAACAUCGACGAUAAAUGGAGGAGGGAGUAUAAGAGAUUGUGA